GAAGGUGAGAGUGAUAGACGACUCCAAAACAAGGAGCUGAGUUGGUUCACCUCUCUUUCUUCUCUGAUUCUCCAUUCCAUUCCAUUCCCCCUUUUCCAUUCUCACUCUCAGGCACACAACACAUCCAAACCCCAAACCCAACCCGCAAAAUUCUAGGGUUUGUGUUUGCGGUUCCAAAAUGUCUCAGAACGGGAAGCUCAUGCCCAAUCUCGACCAGCACAGCACCAAGCUCCUCAACCUCACUGUUCUUCAGCGCAUCGACCCCUUCGUCGAGGAAAUCCUCAUCACCGCUGCACACGUCACCUUCUACGAGUUCAACAUCGACCUCUCCCAAUGGAGCCGCAAGGACGUCGAGGGAUCCCUCUUCGUUGUCAAAAGGAACACGCAACCGCGAUUUCAGUUUAUUGUGAUGAACCGUCGCAAUACUGAAAAUUUGGUGGAAAAUCUUUUGGGGGAUUUCGAGUAUGAAGUUCAGGUUCCUUAUCUAUUGUAUAGAAAUGCUGCUCAAGAAGUGAAUGGCAUCUGGUUCUAUAAUGCUCGUGAAUGUGAAGAGGUUGCAAAUCUUUUUAACAGGAUCCUUAAUGCAUAUGCUAAGGUGCCUCCAAAGUCAAAGGUGUCUUCUACAAAGAGUGAGUUUGAGGAACUUGAAGCAGUACCAACGUUGGCAGUUAUGGAUGGUCCUCUUGAACCGUCAGCAUUAAAUGUUUCCAAUGUAGCUGAUGCUGUCGAUGAUCCAUCAUUUGUAAAUUUCUUCAGUCAAGCUAUGGCCAUUGGGAAUACUGCAAAUGCUCCAAUUACUGGACAACUUUAUCAGUCUUCUGCUACAAUCUCUUCAUCUUCCGUGCCAAGUCAUGCUGCUGCUCCCACUGUGCCAUCCUUGCAGGCACCCUCUAUUUCAGCAUCUACUCCUUUACUGCCCCAACACGAUGCUCCUGAAUCCAAUAACAGCAACAAACGGGCUGCAAACCUGGUGAAGCCUUCUUCUUUUUUUGUUCCUCCGCCAUCUUCAGCAAUGGUGGUCCCGCCUGUGUCUUUAUCCACACCUACCGCUCCUCCACUUCAUCCUGCUGUUAGCGUACAGCGUCCAUACGGUGCUCCACUGCUACAGCCAUUUCCACCUCCAACUCCACCACCUUCACUUACCCCCACUUCAGCUUCUCUUCCAAACUUUGGUCCAGCGAUCUCCAGAGAAAAGGUCCGCGAGGCGCUUCUUGUGCUUGUUCAGGACAAUCAAUUCAUUGAUAUGGUAUAUAAAGCGCUGUUGAACGCUCAUCAAUCAUGAUUUCAUGAGGUGUCUAUUUACCAAAUUGCUGAAGGAAGUGUUUUUUCUUUUCCGGCUGAAUUACUCUUAGUAUACUAGUUAGGCCAGGCUUUAAUCGCUUCUUGAACUGUGAUAUGUUUCAGGCAUUAUGUAUGUAAAAAUGGGGUGUGUUGUGAUUGACCAUUUGGAUCUAGCUAAGUUUCCUGAAAAUGUCAUUUAUUUUUUCUUCCAAAAACUGAUUGAUUGCAAAUAAUCUGCCAUAGCUACUGUAAUUGUGAUAUAUAUAUGACAUGGCAGGAAAUGGUGAGAGACCGCGAUGAAUGGUUACAGAAAUACGGAACUGAUUUAACAAAAUAUGGUGAUUGACUCAUUGACUGCAGCAAAUCUCCAAAUUGUAGAGGGGGUGAUGGUGUUGUUAUUGAGCCUUGUUUUGUCUAUUGUUUUUUUGUAUGUUGAAGACUUGCUUAGCAUCAGGGGUCGUUGUUUGAAAGAAAAUGAACUGUGCAGCAUAAUGCAAGUAAUAUAGUAAGCAUCACAUUGUGUCUGAUGGACUAUACGGCACCUAUAUAUUUUAAUGUGAUAAACCAGUUGUGGCACUA